GUUGUUUUGCAACAUAUGGCAAAAAAUGACAGCGAAGCAGAAAGGCAAAUUUGCGUAGAAGAAAGGUUGUGUGGCUGUUUUACGUGCAGGUGAAAUUGUGUCGUGAGUUUGCAGUGACGCGGUGUCCAAUUUUUAGAUUAGUUUAGUGCCCACAUUUUGGUUGCUUCUGUGGAGUGCAAGUAGAUUGUUUCGUUUUGCUUUAAAUACCGUACACAUCCGUUAGGGAGGUGCUCUUGAUUUGGAGAAAUUUUUCCGCCGGUGUUCCUGUUUCGGUUGACUGUUCCACAGCUGUGAUGAGUUCCACGACGACGCCGACAAUUUGCAAAGAUCUGGACGGAGACGACCGUUGGUUGAGUAUACACAAGAGAUUCGUGCAGGAAUGCAAAGAGAAGGAUCCGGACGUUAUGUUCAUCGGUGAUGGCAUCCUGGAGUCGCUCCAGUUCACGGACUAUUGGAACAGCCACUUUGUGCCGAUGCAUUGUUUAAAUUUUAGCAUUAGGACUGACUGCACCCAGAAUGUUCUCUGGCGGUUGCAGAACGGCGAGCUGGAGAGCGUUAAACCGAAGGUGAUUGUGCUGCACGUCGGGACCAACAACAUCGGCGAUAGUGCGGAAGAGGUAGCGGAAGGAGUGCUGCAAAUUGUAGCUACGAUCCGUAACAAGCUGCCUGAGGUGUACAUAGUAAUUCCGACUUUACUCCCACGAGGACAGCAACCGAAUGCGUUGCGAGACAAGAACUCCACGGUGAACCGCUUACUUAAGGAGCGUUGCGUUGGCAUGAAUAAGGUGCAGAUGGUUUGCGUCGACGGUGGCCUAAUACAGAGCGAUGGCACCAUCAGCCAUCACGAUAUGUUCGACUAUCUCAAUCUGACCAACGUCGGAUGUAAAAAAGUGUUCGAACCGGUGUGGGAUUUGCUGCACCAGAUACUGACCGAAAACGAGAAGGAGCGUGACCUUACACCUUCGGAGUGAAUUCGCUCGGAAAAUGAUUAUACUGCGUACAUUUGGUUACUCAUAUUCAUAACAUUAGGUUUGAUAUUGUUUCAUUCUAUUUAUUUCUCGUGUUGGCGGAGAAAAACGAAUUGUAACAUUCCGUCUGCUAAGCAAUUUCAUCGUAUCUCACGUCACACUGUUAUUAGUUACUGUGGUUCAGAUUGAUAUUAUUUAUUACGUAAAGUUUGUAUAAGUAAUUAAUGUUUACCCAUAUUUCAAAAAUUCGUUUUUGAACUUAAGGAAAUAUGUGCUUUUCAAUAAAUAAUUUCUGAGUUAGGAUAUAUACUUAGUUACACAUCUUCUACUGUCAUUUUCCGUACUAUUCUGAACAAUGAGCAAUUAAUAAUAAUCUGCAUGUAGUGGACAUGGACACAACAAAAUGAAAAAAAAAACAUUCCACCUUACCUCACGGAUUUCUAAGAUACUAACUAAACUAGACUUUAAUAUUGAUCUCAAACUAGAGGGUCUACACCUAAAAAUACUUUGUCCAUGACAAAUAUGGCAGCAUUGAAUACAAUUAGUACUUUUUCUCUGUUUUUGAAGCAAAUUUCUUGCAACUUUUACUUUUUUUCUAUCGAAUACCGAUAAAUGAAACACAAUACAAUACACAUAAAACGGCUCAUACUCAGUUCUAACUAAACUAACUACUAAAAAACCACAUUGCGAUUGCGUUUCCUUUUUUGGUGUAACACUGAAAGGGUAAUAAAACGGCAGUACAGCAACAGCGAAGGUGUGGCCUCCCCCUCCCCAAAGAUCAGAACUGCGUCGGGUUUUGACUGGUACGCGCAUCUUGAGAGCGCCUCUAGGAUAUGAUAAUUAUUAAGGUAAACGGACUACAACACAUUUAUAAUACACACUGACAUUGAUAUGUAUUUGGGAACUGAAGUAAUAAAAAACCGGAACAAGCUGUGCAGUUUAUCUGGGUAUUUGAGUUAAACGUUGCCUGAAAAG